AAUUAUCUGUUUGAUGAAGCUCGUUUCUUGUGGUGAGCUCCAAAGGCGAGCUUUUAUUUAUGAAGCGAAAGAAAGAAAAAGAACAGAACAAGUCUCCUUUAAUGAAGAGUUCGAAGCCUCACCUCGAACGCGACAUGAGCAAGAAGUUGAAAUCAACGCAAUAUAUUGUCUUUCAAAUGACAACAUUUACUGACGAAUUCUAUCAGUAACCGCCGACAUGGAGCCCCGAGGCGGAGUGCGAAGCAGCGCCAGGCUGAGCGGAGAGACGGGUCGUAACACAUCUAACGGCGCUCCGGGCGGAGCUCUAGCGAAUGGGAACCGAAGACCACUAGAGGCAGCGGAGGCAGCAGCGGCGGCAGCGCGAAGGCGCGCACGAGCGGCUGAGCGAGCCCGGGAAGUUGAGGACAGCCCGCGCGUGCUGCGCGACAAGUGUCGGCGGCUCGCCCGUGCUCUCCGCAACGCUAAGCAUCUCGUGGUGUACACGGGUGCGGGCAUCAGCACGGCGGCCGACAUCCCAGACUACCGAGGACCGCGCGGCGUGUGGACGCGGUUACAGCGCGGCGAGACUGUGGGGCGCGUGGAGGUGUCGCGUGCGCAGCCUACGUUCACGCACAUGGCGCUGACGGCGCUGUGGGCGCGCGGCGCGCUCAAGUUCGUGGUGUCGCAGAACUGCGACGGGCUGCACCUGCGCUCCGGGCUGCCGCGCCGCGCGCUGGCCGAGCUGCACGGCGACAUGUUCUGCGAGCUGUGCGCCGCCUGCCGCCGCGUGUACCUGCGCGCCUUCGACACCACGGAGCGCACGGCGCGCCACGCGCACGCCACGCGCCGCCUGUGCCACGCGUGCGGCGCCGAGCUGCGCGACUCCAUCGUGCACUUCGGCGAGCGCGGCCGCGCCGCCUGGCCGCUCAACUGGGCCGGGGCGCUGCGCCACGCCGCGCGCGCCGACGUCGUGCUGUGCCUCGGCUCCUCGCUCAAGGUGCUGCGCCGCUACCCGCGGCUGUGGCGCAUGCAGGCGGCGCCGCGCGCGCGCCCCGCGCUCUACAUCGUCAACCUGCAGUGGACGCCCAAGGACUCGGUGGCCGCGCUCAAGAUCAACGCGCGCUGCGACGCCGUCAUGCGGCAGGUGGCGCGCCGGCUGCGGCUGCGCGUGCCGCGCUACCGGGCGUCGCGCGACCCGCUGCUGGCGCACGCCGAGCCGCUGGCGGAGGCGGAGGCGCACACCACGCGCCGCCCGUGCCUCUCCCCGGCGCCGAGCUCGGGCCGCUCCGAGUCCCCGGACUCGCUGUCCUCGCCCUCCGCCUCCGACUCGGAUGAGGAGCUGCCGCUGCGGCGCCUCGCCGAGCGUCUGCGCGCGCCCGCCGCCCCGCCGCCGCCGGACCUGCUGCGGGCCUUCCGGGUCAACAUGUGCUCCGGCGAGGCCACCAUACUGCUGCGGGCGGAGCACGCGCCCGCGCCGCCGCCCGCGCCGCCGUCGCAGCGCCCGCUCAGCGACCUGCGGCGGUUCCGCAUGCCGCAGCACGAGCGCGCGGAUCGUGCCGACCUCCAUGCGGUACCUCGACAGAGAACAGAACUCCGAACCAUGUCGCGUGAUCAGUCAGUGAUUCAUUCGGUACCCGGUCAGCGACUCGAUAGUAGAAUUAUAUCGCGAGACAAGCAGGAGUCGCCUAACGGCCGGCCGCCCGACGUCGCCAACGGGCAUCAUUCGUUGAAAACGGAGGUAUCUCUCGAUAUCAAAAUUAAAGACGAGUUUAAAGGCGAGCGACACACAUUCGAGCCGUGGGACAUCGGCGACCGCCUGCGGAAGCUGCUGGAGGGCGAGCCGAAGCUCGAGCAGGCGAAGGCGGAGGAGUCGUCGGACGCGCUGGCGGCGGCCAUCAUCGCGCGCGCCGUGCUGGCGUGCCGCGGCUCGCUGUACCCCGGGCUGCACACCAUCCUGGGCCCCGAGCCGCCCGCCGCGCCGCCCGCCUGCGCGUGGUGCGCGCGGCGGCUCGGCGCGGCGCGCUGCCUGUGGUACGGCGCGCCGCGCUGCCCGCCGCCCGAGGCGCGCGCCUGGCGCCGCGUGCGCGGGCGCCGCUUCCUGUGCGCGUGCUGCGGCGCGGACGGCGCGCCCGCCGAGCGGCUGGCGGACGACGCCGGCUGGUACGGCAAGGGGUACCGCAAGGGCCGCCGCCGCCGGUAGCGCGAGCGCUGAGCGCCGCCGCCCGCGGUCGCUUCGCACUCGAUCUGUACAUACGGCCAACUUUACUGAUACUUGUAUAUAAUUAGUAUUGAGCGUGACACCGCACCGACUCGAGUUCGCAUAUAUACAUACAUAUAAUCACGUCUAUAUCCCUUGCGGGGUAGACAGAGCCGACAGUCUUGAAAAGACUGAUAGGCCAACAGCUGUUCGAGAGUUCGCGCCGAUGCAAAUUUUACGAACACUCGCGUUUGGUAUCAGCAUUUGUAAUCUGUCCAAAAUUUUUAACCUUUUUUGACAACUAUGAGUAUAGUAACGUGUCCUACGAUUUUAUAUAUGCUCUUACCGAGUAACUUGAGAUUGUUCCUUACAUGAGCUGCCACUGCCUACUGUGUAACAAUUUUUUAUUCGGAAUAAUCGUUCGACAACAGGGAAUGCGGCUCGACUCGAUGCGAUGACAUAAGGGACAUGCGUUAAUUAAUUUAUUUUUAUACAAAGAUAAGAUUAAGGUAAUAAGAAUGUUGUGGAGCAGCAGCCCGCGCCGCGCUGGUUGAUCUCAGGUGUUGCGCUGCGGCGGCGCGGGCGCGAGUGCCCGCUCGCCGCCACACGCUGUCGUCGUCGUUCGGUUCCAUGUUUCUGUCAGAAUACUAUAUAUACACUGUUGAGAGCUCCAUGGUUGUGAGGUAGCUACAUAAUAAUAUACCUAGUCCAUAAGAGUACGAGACUGUCGUGGGCGGCGAGCGAGCGCGUCUCCUUCCGCCGGGGCGCACGACAUGCAAGCCCGGCGUCAUCAGUGUCUGAAAAAAUCUUAGAAUAAGUGAUUUGUAAUUGGAAUUUAAAUUGUAAUGAUGAUUAUUAUCUUGCGGAUCCUACGAGGGCCGCACCCCAAUAAUGAUUGACGAAGUGAAUGAAAUUAACUGAAUUAAAUGAAUGAAAAUAGUUUGCGCUUUAAUUGUAACUACCCACAAUUACACUGAAGCAUCAAGCGGCGGGACGCCGGGACCCGCGCCCGGUGGGUGCGAACAUAACUCUGUGUAUGGACUGUCUUAUUUUUUUAUCAUUGAGAGAAAGCGCCAAUUUCGGC